CGCUCUACCGUAGCACAAGUGUGACUUCAAAGUUUCGUACACAAGUUUCGCAGAAGAAAAAUGUCGACUAACAAGUUGAUCUUUUACUUGGCCGUAGUGGCCAUCACGGUGACUGUUACUCAAGUCACCUCGUCACCUCAAGUUGGUCAUUUCGCCGCCAACAAUACCAACAAGUCACACCAUCUGAUCGUUGGAUACAGAAUGGCAGGUGACAGACUGGUACUCAGGCAAAACGUAAUCAAGAACUCAUCGUGGAUGCAAAUUGUCACCGAGGAGAAGACCUUCAACGUUUCCAGAUGGGACAGAAUCACGCAGGUUCAAGCUCUCGACCAGAAAACCAAUGGCAACGGUGCGUACGCCAGUUUGUUGAAAGGUGGCCCAGGAAGUAACAACGUUACCUUGAGGUUCAAGAGCCAGAGGGGCCACGGAAUUAAUUUCGUCGUCGAACUUUAUGCUCGUCCUUGAAAGACUGGUGUCAUUCCCAACUGAUUUUGUCACACUUAUUUAAAACAAUUUCUUUCUUUAUUUCGAACCAGAUCAAAUUUCAUUUAAAUGUACCAUUAACUCUUUUAAC